AUGCCGAUCAAACGCCAGUUUCGAGGAGACAACAGAGGUGGUAAAGACUCCUCCUCCUCCUCCUCUCGAGAACGACACGGUUUUGGAAGGGGAGGAAUUCUUGCCGUCCUCAUCGCCGUCGUAAUCUCCGAACACCAAAAGUGGACGAAACGAAUGGAAAAACAACUCAAAGAGAAACUGAAACAUCUGGAGGAUCGACACAAGGCGGAGAGGAACGCGGUCGUGAGGUUACAACAUCAGCUGAGACACAAAGUGCUCGACGCGACGAGCAGUUUUGGUGGUAAUGGUAAUGAUGAUGAUGAUGGUGAUGAGAAGACGAGGAGUAAAACUUCUCAAAAUUCGCCUCAACAGUUUGGACCGGCGAUUGCGAGAGCGCAGUCGUGUUUUAGUCGCCGAGCGGGGACGCCGAGACAAGGCGGGUCGUUGGUCGCGUCCGCGCGGUGUCGGCUACAUUUUGACGUGGAAUUUGUCCCGAAAAGAAGCUUGGAAGGGUUAGAGGAGUAUUCUCACGCGUGGGUGAUUUACGUGUUUCACGCGAACACGAACGCGUGCGGGACGAAGAACGGAGGCGCGGUGAAAGCGUUGGUCUCCGUGCCGAGGUUGAACGGGGAGAAGCGAGGGUGUUUGUCCACUCGGACGCCACAUCGACCGCGACCGGUCGGGUUGAGUUUAGGGAGAAUUAUUAGCGUCGAUUGGGAGCGAGGGGAAGUGACGCUCGGCGGGAUCGAUUUAGUCGACGGGACGCCGGUUUUGGAUAUUAAACCGUACGUGCCGUGGUGCGAUAGCGUGCCAGAGGCGACGGCACCGAAGUGGGUGACCAGAGCGAUUGAAGGCGAGGAAGGAGGGGAACCGUUGGCGAUUGGAGAGGUGAAACUCGCGAGUCCGGAGGAGGAGACGAGGGAGAAGGUGAAGCGGGCGUACGAGGAACGGUUUGAAAUCGAUUCGAAGAAAGGCGGGAAGAAGAGGCGACCUUUGUACGAAAACCCGGACGAUUUCUUAGCGUUUGUGAUGGAUACGUUGCGAUUAGACGUGCGAAGUACCAGGGAGAGGACGGCAAAAGUGGAGGAGAGGAAGUUUGAUACGUAUCGAGUCACUUUAUGCGACGUGGAGGUGGCGUACGUGAUUGGUAAAGAAGGCGACGGGGUGGUGACCAUUGUCGACGCGCGCGGAUUUAGAUCGACCGGCGAUUACGAGGAACGAUAA